GAAGAGGUGAAGUGCAAUUGAGUUGAUUGAACUACACAACAAAUGUGACACCUUCUGGCGACGAGCACGUCGAGAUUUACCCUUUUUAGCCAGCUUCCGCAAUAAUUCUAAACCAAAUUUUUUUGUCAUAAUCACUUGCAAAAUUGAGAAGCCCAAAACGGAAAGCACACUAUCAUCGGUUGGCGAAACAGAGCUCAAAAUUGAUUCUUGAAAAUGGCUUUAAUGGCUGCCGGGCCAUGGAAUAGAGGAGGCUUGGAACAAAUUUGGAUCUCCCCUCCUUCAAUUUCUACAGGAAUCGGUUCUAUCUUUACCAAUCACAUAUCAUUUUGUGGCGCCGACAGCGUCGCCUUAUUUUGCAGAAACGGGCCGAGAAAGAAGUGCCUUGCCGUGGUUCGGGCCAUGUCUGCUACAUUUGGGGCCCGAAUGGAGGAAAGUGUGAAGAAGACUGUUAGCGAAAACCCCGUUGUUGUUUAUUCCAAGACUUGGUGCUCGUACUCUUCUGAGGUGAAAUCUUUGUUUAAGAGGCUUGGUGUGGAGCCACUUGUGAUUGAGUUGGAUCAAUUAGGUCCCCAGGGACCACAGCUGCAGAAGACUCUGCUACGGCUGACUGGACAGCAUACCGUUCCUAAUAUAUUUAUAGGGGGCAAGCAUAUCGGUGGUUGUACAGGUACACUCUUACAAACACAUGUUAUGAUGAACGAGUUUUAUGGAAAGAUGGGGAAAAUUACUAAGUUAUCGAUUGAUCUAAGUGACAGGAUAAUAUGGUUUUCAUUGAUAUACACAUUGAAGCAUCAAAUAUCAAGUAAUCAAUAGAUCAAAUGUUUUGGGUUGCAGAUACCAUCAAGAUGCACAGAAAAGGGGAGCUCCAGCCUUUGCUAUCAGAAGCUGGUGCUAUGAAGUUGAAGAGUUAGUUUCUUGGCGGCAAAGGAUUUAUUCAUCGGAUGAGAAUCGAGCUAAUUUAUCAGCAGCCCUUAGGUAUGUUAACUCAUCCCAUUUCUUACUGGAAAGCUUGGGAUUUAUGGCUAAUUACAACCCCCUCAUAUAUUAGCAUUUGAAUUCGUAUAGUCCUGUAAUUUCAAAGGGUUGGCCUCUGUACAUUGAAACACAUUAUAAUAAGAAAAGGAGUCGAUUCCAACCA